AUGGCAUUUCAAGACAAGGAAACGAAUGAGAAAUGGUCAACUUUAGCUAAUUGUACGGUAAUGGAGGGUGAUUUUUCGGUUUCGAUGAUUACAAGUUCAAAUUUUACCCAUGAAAAUUUUCCAGUCUUCAGUCGCUUACGCGUUAUUACAGGGCAUUUGUUAAUAUUCCAAGUGAGUGCUCUUCGAUCGCUGAAACGAAUAUUUCCUAAUCUGCGCAUUAUUGGUGGACAAGAAUUAAUCAUGAAUUAUGCACUUGUGAUAUAUCAGAAUACACAUUUGGUAGAAAUUGGCCUACCAAAGCUGACAACAAUUAUCAAUGGUGGUGUACGAAUUAUGGAUAAUACCCAACUCUGUUACAGUCGAUAUAUCGACUGGAGUCAAAUACUAAUCGGACCCGCUAAUGAUAUUCUAACUGAUCAAAACAAAGGAACCGAUUCUG